AUGGAGUCUUCGACGGGCUUGAAGUCACAAGAUCGGGCCUUUCUGCCACCACCCCUACACCCGUCUCUUCGCACUCGUUCUUCAUCUACAAGCGCGAACAGCUAUGCCGUCCGGUCCCCAAAAUUGCCUAGGAGACAGCCUGUCGUCGAUCUACACCCCUUACCAGUCAUAGACUCGUCGGAAUUGACGUCAGAAUCGUCCGAAUCCCUCGUCCUACCCAAAGCCGAGCAGGUGUUGUCAGAGACUCAGCUCCGACAAUUGUAUGAUGACGAAGAAAUAGACCGCUUUCUGCAUAUCUUUGCUGCAUAUGUCCGAGAGGUGACGGCCUCCGAUAUACCAGCCACACAUGUUGGGAAGAAUGGUCAAGUGGUGACGGAAGAUCAUUCUGAAGUGAACAUGGACGUUGACCAUGAAGGAAAACUGGGCGAUGCAGAGUGUGAAUUUGACGAAAGCGUGGAUGAGUGGGCGCCUCUCGACCAGGAUGCGCCCUCUCCUCCACCUUCUUUACCUCGCUAUCCGCCAUCAGAUAUAAGUCUGUCUGAACGCAUUGCGCUGAAUUACAUCGUACCUCUACUGCCUGCGUCCCACGUUCGUGUUGACGUCCAGAUAUUGUAUUCUCUGUUUCGCCGCAAGGCCCUUCCAUAUCCCACUCUAGCGGAAUUACGCCGGCACUGGCAUGAAGUAGAGCUUGCCAAGGAGUUCAGUGUGGCGGUAACAGUGCGCCUCGCGGCAGCUCCGACACACGAUGUACAGGAUGUGUGGAACCUAUUCCAACUGUACGUGCACACCAGGAAGUCAAAAAAGGCUGCGAAAUCCGAUGUCAAAGCAUCUGACUCGCAGCCAGACGAUGUCGGUAGUGUCGCGGAAGGAGUUGAGGUAACACCGGAGGAACAUACUGGACCGGACGAUACGCAGGUUGAUCCAGACGAACCUGAUGCCAAGGCGAUUGCAUUGAACGCAAUCAACGAAAUUUCCGAUUUACACGAACGCGUGAAGAACACCUUUCUCUGGCGGCGACCGAGCUCAUCCGUGAAGUAUGGAAUAGCUCUGUUCUUCGUCUUCCUCCUCACUCUGCUUCCUGCCAAGUACCUCGCGAAACUAUCAGGCUUCGUGUGUGGCGUUGCUUUCUGGCAUGUCGUCCCCAUACUGGUCGCUAUACCUUCAUCAGAUCGAGCACGUAUACCAGUGCCGUUCAGCGACGUUCCUACCGACGCAGACUAUGCCAUGGAUCUUAUCUCGCAGCGUGUUGCUCGAGGACUCGACGUCAAACCGAAGCGACGCGAGAGUGACCGAAACAGUCCUGACCGUGCUUCCAUCAGCACGGCCGGUGAGACGGAAGACGGUGAACGCUCGGUCAAUUCUUCGGGAGUUCAUACGUCUGUGAACUGGCGGAAAUGGGGUGACCGCGUGGUCACCACGAAGGAGCGAACAAGCGAUUUGAAGAGGCUGUUCCAAGGCGGACAGUGGAAACGACCGGAAAAUUGGAUGGCUCUCAAUCCGCUAUCACCCCAGGUCGCUCUGCAGAACGGGAGUACUGAAUCGCGCCUGCAGGCAUACACUUUUCCUGCACAAUAUGCCAAGGCUACCGGACUCAUUACAUUGACGCCGACCACCUUGAUCUUCACAUCGCUGCUCUCCAAUACGGCGAGACUAUCAAUAUCAACUGCAGACAUACUUGGAGUGAAGAAGAGCGGCGCGAUGCGGGGCCUGAACGUCCGUUGGAUGGAGGUCCACGAUGACGGGCAGGGAGAAGAGCGAGAAGCCAAGUUUCUGUGGGUGGGAGGCCGUAAUGAGCUGUUUGCCAGACUAAUCGGACUGGGCGGACGGCGAUGGGCAAAGGUCUGA